UUCCGGUUUCGGAGCAGUCAAUUCGAGAGCGGAGUUGUGAGGAGCAGCCAGUUGGAUUAUCAAGAAUACAACAAGAGAUGUCGGUGAACGGGACUAAAAUAAACGCUUUGUCUAUCAUGCAGUUAAAUGAGCUGCUGGAGGACGACGAGAAACUGAACCAAAUGGUCCAGGAGACAGACGAGGUACAAAAUGUACAGCUGACAAAAGAGAUGACCCUGGUGGGAAACCGUAGAUUAGCAGAAGAAAACCUCCAGCAUCAGCCCAAGCUGGACUGUCUGAAGAUCCAACUCGUCAAGAGGUACCAGGAACUGCAGACGCUCUUCGAGUCCUACCAGAUGAGGAAGGCGGCACUAGAUAAUCAGACCAGCGCCACGUCUAUCGACACACUCCUGGCACUGCUGCAGACAGAAGGAGCAAAAAUUGAAGAGGAGACGGAGAACAUGGCAGAAUGCUUUCUGGAAGGCGAAACUGUUUUGGAUGCAUUCAUCGAUGAGUACCAGAGCAAGAGAAAGCUGGCACACUUGCGGAGGGUGAAGAUCGAGAAGCUGCAGGAGAUAGUCUUGAAGGGUCCUCAUCUGCCACUGCUGCCUGUUCUUAAAGUGCCAGAAAAGACUUUUGUGACCCCUGGGCUUCCGGCUGUGCAAGUGGACAGCAGCACCCCACCCGUUCCUAUGCCUAGGAGGGCACCUCCUCCACCUCCAGCUGUCAGUGGUGGUCAGCCCAUGCCCUUCAUUGCGGCUGCUGGCUCUGCAGCAGUGGCAGGUCCACCCAACAUGUCGUACCCCAGCCCACCCUAUCCCCCAAUCCCACCAAGAACAGGACAUGUGUUUCCCAGUCAUGCCGUGGCCCAGGGCUACCCCACUCCAUUUGUGCCCCAGUACCCGCCAGCUUUACCUCAGAGACCGGCUCGCCUUCCGUCACAGCCUGGCUUCAUCAUACAGUGAGAGGAGACUGGCGGGGGCAGACUUGGUGACAUUAAGGCCGAUUUGUUUGGCUUUUGAGGGGAGGGAUGCAUCACUGCCAAGAAAUUAUUGAGGAAAAGGGGAGAAAUAGGAUUAGGUAUGAUGAUAGUUUUAUUGUUUCUUUUUGUAACUUCAUUAUCCUGUUGGUCUGUUAGGGAGAAGGAGAAAUUUGGCAAGUGAACUGAUGUGCCUCCCCCCGCCCCAGCCCACCCUUGUGUAGUACCGCGCGAGUCCGUGAGCCGCUCUAUCAAUAUAGCUGCUCCUCUUGGAUGGGGAAGCCAAUUUACUUAGCGAUUUACCAGGCAGACCCAACACGACAAAAGGUGCGGGACGUGACGGGAAGAAGCCCGGCCACUGGGUGGCAUCCUUCUAUGACGGCUGAAUCAGGUGAGACCUGCUAACAAAGACCCCACUCUUCUGUUACCAAGGGGUCCAGUUUGUUUUGGGUGAAUUUUGUGGCAGGUUUUUAAUUUUGUAAAUUUUUUUAUAAUUCCACAAUUGUAACUUCUUAGAUAGAAAUUAGGAAUAAAAAAACUCAUUUAAACGCAGCAGCGCCAAGAAGCAGUGCACCGGACAUGUUUGAACUCUGACAACAUGGACCCAGCCUUCUAGUAAAAUCACGUGGCACAUUUUUAUAUAGAAAAUAUUUUUAUGUCGUUGUUAGUAAAUCAGAAAUGUUUGCGGAGUGUCGAGUGGCAGCCGUGUGUUGGAGUAGCCCGCCAUUCUCGCUCCAGCGGUGACGGGCGUUGGUACCCUGCAUUACCGAGGUGACCUGACGCUGCUCUUGGCCAGCUGCAGUGUGGUGCGUUUUUUGGGCACUUUUACAUCACACGUCUGGGCUGUGGAGAUGUCGUCACCCUCUCGGGACUCGCUUGAUGUCUCCGCCAGCUCUUUAAGGGCCAUGCGAGUUCUUUGUGAAUUUCAGCUGCUUUGCUGCUUAGUCUCAGGAAGAUGACAAAAGUAGGAGGGUCACUUAGGGCGACCAUCUUGAGGAAGGACCGAACCUUUUGAUGGACGCAGAACUUUUCAGAUUGAGCAGAGUUAGGUGUCUUUUUUUUUUUUAAACUUUUCGGUGAUGUACUUACUGCUGGCAUUCUUUUUAAAAAGAUGGGCGUUAUGGUGCUCUCAUAUGUUGCUGAAUAUGCCAAAUUCAAUCGGAUGGCACUGUGCACUCAACUGAUGAUGGACUCUGGCCUCCUUUUCUUCUUAUAAAGAGUUUAACUAUUGGAUGUUGUCCUCUUGUAAAAUGCACUGCACUCUUCACACAGUGUGGCCCGUUUUGAACGGUGGGCUCCUGGUCAAGUCGCCAGUGGUUUCUGGCCACACUUGUCACUUAACAAGCACGACGGCUCAUCGGUGAGUGGAGUGGCAGCAGAGGUGACGACGUACCUCCAUUUGGUUUAUUCCCACUAGAAUUAAGGUCUGUCAAACACUAAGAAUUGUUUUUUUUCUUCUUUCUUUAAAUCCCGUAACAUUUCUUGUAAAUUUGUAUUGUUUGUAUUACAAUGGAUUACGAAGUAAAGGUGGGAGUGGACUGCUGAAACUGCCUCUGACUUGUAGAAGAAAUAAAGUUUAAUAAAGUGGAGUGGCGCUGCUCCCUGCCUCAUUCUCCUCUCGUUCCAGCACAGCAGUGCAGACUUGAGCGAAGUCCUCUCACUUAGCCUACCCAGGGGUCCCCGUUCUUUUCAUAGUGUGCUGGUAGUUAAGAUUUGGGGCCGAGAAGGAGACCAUUUGACUCCACUGCCCUUCCUCAGCAGUAAUCCUCCUUAAUUAAAUAACCGGUGUCUGUGUCUCCAUCUGCUUGUCGUUGUCUUUCCAACAGAAGCUGCAUCACAAUCAUUUGAGGUAAUGUGUUUUAUUACUCCAAAUGUAAGUUAUGCCAUCUGUUGGAAUGAUAAAUGCAAUGCAUCUUAUUAUUACAUGCAUUGCAAACUGCACUCUCAAAUGUAAACGUGGAGGUCAAUGUUGAUUACUUAAAAUUUCAACUGUCAGUUCAUACAAAACUCUAGUUGUGCAAGCUAGUCCUCUGAUGUUGUGCUGCUCUAUUUUAUGUGAUUUUGGCUAACAUUUCCACUCACACUUCGCAGUGGGAUGAGGAGGUAAUGGGCUCUGUUACUACAGAGAGACACACAAACCUUUUGGUUUUGCCUUUGGGGAAGUGAGGUUAA